GUGGUCAAACGUCACUUUAGUCACUUGCAAAAAAAUUGCCAAGACCAUAAACAUUGAUCAAUUAUCAUUUUUUUUUUUAUCAAGAAGACUUUAAGAGUAAUUCUAGUACUUAAAAAUUGCACUGUUGCAAAUUGCAAUAAAUAAACCGGCGACGUGACUUGUUAAAAUAAACCCGAUAAAAUUAAAAUAUUUAUAAGUAUAAAGUUCGCGUCAACGCUUGUUGACCGACAAUCUUAACAAAUGAGUUUUUAUGAUGCAAUAAAUUACGUAGUAUUUACAAACCCACUGAGUGCAACUGCUGGACAAUUAGCUAAAUCAACAGCAAACGCUAUCGUUAGUUACUCUGGAUUAACUCCGAAAGUUGAAUACAAAAUGAUCCCUCCAGAGCCUUUAUGGAAAUUAGCCGCUUCGUCUGGCCCAUUUAUUAGGCUUGCUGGUAUUAAUGGAGCCGCUGCUGUUAUCCUCGGUGCCUACGGCGCUCACAGAAAGUUUCCCGAUGAUAAUCUGAAACAAGUAUUUGAAACUGCUAAUCGCUAUCACUUUUAUCAUGCACUCGCCAUGCUUGGAUUGUCUCUGUGCCGUGCCCCGAUGAUCACUGCAGCAUUUUGGUUGUCAGGAACCAUGAUGUUCAGCGGAAGUUGUUACUACUAUGCAUUUACCGGAGAUAAGCGUCUGAGUAAAAUAACUCCCUUUGGAGGAACAUGUUUUAUUCUUGGAUGGUUAACUAUGUGCAUUUAAAUCAUUAAAUAACAAAUAUAAAACUCA